AUGACAAUCCAAAUACCUAAGGAUUGGAGUUUAGGCUACAUCAUUAAACUUCCAAAGAAAGGAGACCUAGGCAACUGUCAGAACUUGAGAGGAAUACAACUGCUCUCUCUACCAAGCAAAGUCCUAGCCAGAGUGGUCUUAGAACGAAUUAAAGGGGCAAUAGAUGAAAAAUUACGUGAUGAGCAAGCAGGCUUCCGCUGUGGACGUUCAUGCACCGACCAAAUUGCCACUCUACGUAUCAUCAUAGAGCAGUCAUUGGAAUGGCAAUCACAUCUCUAUAUCAACUUCGUUGACUUUAAAACGGCGUUCGACAUGGUCGAUAGAGUCACUUUGUGGAAGGUGCUACGACAUUACGCGGCAUACCAGACAAACUUGUGA